AUGUCAUCUAAGCGAUUUCUACUACGAAGGAUGAGUAAUAUCCACCGUAGUUUUGUCACAUCGCUUCGAAGAAGACAACAACAGCUGCUGCUGCUGCUGCUGCUAUCACUGCAGAAAUUUAUUGAGAAACCAAGAGUAAAUCAAUUGGGUAUACAGUACUUAUCUAAUGAUCUUCAUAAAAAAGUUUUCCCCACCACAUCAACUCAAGAUUAUCUAUCACCCCAAUAUCCACAAUUGUUAGAAAUAUCUAAAAAACAUUUACAAGAAAAUGAAUUAUUGGGUAAAAAAACACAAAUAACUGAACCAAUAACCAUAAAUAAUUUCCCACCUUUAGUUGGUAAAUCAAUGGAUGAACAUUUUAAUAAAUUAGGACAAAAAUCUUCUGAUCCUUAUUUAACUAUGGCAACAAAUUUUUUAAAGAAAGAAUUACCUUCAAAACCUCUGAAAUCACAAUGGAAAUUUCAAUCUGGUUGGACAAGAUAUACUAAUGAUGGCAAUCCUCCUCAACAAGUUCCAUAUCCUUUAGAAGAUACAUUAGUAUUUGACGUUGAAGUUAUGUAUAAGAUUUCCAAUUAUCCUGUAAUGGCCACUUGUGCUUCUAAUGAAGCAUGGUAUGGUUGGGUUUCACCAGCAUUACUUGAUUGGGGGAAACAAAUCAACAUUACUACCGAUAAAAUCGAUUGGAAUCAUUUAAUACCGAUGAAUUGUGCCAAAAAACCAAAAGUUAUUAUUGGAUAUAAUGUUAGUUAUGAUCGAGCAAGAAUUUUGGAAGAAUAUAAUAUCAAACAAACAAAAGCAUUUUAUCUUGAUGGGAUGUCAUUGCAUGUUGCUACUAGUGGGAUUUGUUCUAGACAAAGACCUAAAUGGGCUAAAUAUAACAAAGUUAAGAAAUUAUCCCAAGAAGAUGUUGAUGAGAUAGAAGGAACUUUGGAAGAAGAAGAAGAACAAUUAUCCAAUGAUACCAAUAAGGUGUCAGAUUAUGGUAAACUUUUAAGUGAUGGAUUUCAAGUUGCUGUAGAACUUGAAGUUGCUGAUGAUCCUUGGUUAUUGAUGGGAGCACCUAAUUCAUUAGCCAAUGUUGCUAGAUUUCAUUGUAAUAUUCAUUUGGAUAAAACUGAUCGAGAUUAUUUUGCCACUGAAGAUCCUAAUUUGAUUAUUGACAAUUUCUCUAAAUUAAUGGAUUAUUGUGCUAAAGAUGUUGAUGCAACUUUUGAAGUCACCAAAAAAUUAUUCCCAGUAUUUAUACAAAGAGUACCACAUCCAGUAUCAUUUGCGGCAUUGAGACAUUUAGGAACAUUAAUUUUACCAACAACAACUAAAUGGCCAAAAUAUAUUGAUUCUGCAGAAUCUUUGUAUGAAUCGAAUCGACAAGAAGUGACUAGUACUUUACAACAAUUGGCCAAUGAUUUGGUUGCACAUAUUAAACACAAGAACCGAAAAAAACCCAAUUAUGAAACUGAUCCUUGGUUGAGUCAAUUGAAUUGGCAAUUGAAAGAGGCAAGACUUAAAAAAGAUGGAACUCCAUAUAAAAAAUCCGCUUAUAUGACUGGGUAUCCUGAAUGGUAUCGUGAAUUAUUCAAAACUUCAAAAGGUGAAGAAAUGAAUUUAACUUUGAAAACUCGAAUCACUCCAUUAUUACUUCGAUUAAAAUGGGAGGGACAUCCAUUAUUUUGGGUAGAUUCUCAAGGAUGGUGUUUUAAAGUACCAUUUGAUGAUGAUAAUGAAAUUUCCCGAUUAACAGAGAAAAAAUAUGUUCAACCAAAAUUAACUGAAGAAGAAAUUAAUCAAACUAGAGAUGUAUUAUUAACAAAGGGGAAAUCAUAUAUUUUAUUUAAAGUUCCUCAUCCAAAUGGUCCAUCACUGAGAUGUACUCAUAUUUUAUCAAAAUUAUAUGUAAGAAAUUUUGAAGAUGGUACUCUUACAUCAGAAUAUGAUUAUGCUACCAAGAUUUUAAAUUUAAAUAAUGAAGCAUCAUAUUGGUUAGGUAAUCGUAAUAGAAUUAAAGAUCAAUUUGUUGUUUAUAAUCAAUUGGGGAAAAAUAAAUUUUUUGAUACCAUAAAGGAAAGUAAAGAACAUUCAUCCAUGGGGAUAAUUAUUCCUAAUUUAGCCACUAUGGGGACAAUUACUCGACGUGCUACAGAAAAUACUUGGCUUACUGCAUCGAAUGCUAAAAAAAAUCGAAUUGGAUCUGAAUUAAAAUCAUUAAUUGAAGCACCUAAAGGUUAUUGUUUUGUUGGAGCUGAUGUUGAUUCUGAAGAAUUAUGGAUUGCAUCAUUAGUUGGUGAUUCAAUGCUUCAAAUUCAUGGAGGUACUGCUUUAGGAUGGAUGACAUUAGAAGGUGAAAAAUCUCAGAAAACUGAUUUACAUUCCAAGACUGCAAGUAUAUUAGGGAUAUCUCGUAAUGAUGCAAAAGUGUUUAAUUAUGGGAGAAUUUAUGGAGCUGGAGUUAAAUUUGCUACGAGAUUAUUAAAACAAUUUAAUGGUAAUAUAACUGAUGAAGAAGCCGAUAAAGUUGCUCGACAAUUAUAUGAUAGUACUAAAGGUCGUACUGCCAUGACGAAAUAUUUACCUCUGAAAAUUUAUUAUGGAGGCACGGAAUCAAUCAUGUUCAAUACAUUAGAAGCCAUUGCUCAACAAGAAGAACCGAAAACUCCAGUUUUAGGAGCAAGUAUUACUGAUGCUUUAAAUGUUAAGAAUUUAAAUACCAAUCAAUAUAUGACAUCAAGAGUUAAUUGGACAAUUCAAAGUUCUGGAGUUGAUUAUUUACAUUUAUUGAUUAUUUCUAUGGAAUAUUUAAUUGAAAAAUAUGGUAUUGAAGCAAGAUUAGCAAUUACAGUUCAUGAUGAAUUACGUUAUUUAGUUAAAGAAACUGAUAAAUACAAGGCAGCACUUUUAUUACAAAUUAGUAAUAUUUGGACUCGAGCAAUGUUUUGUGAACAAUUAGGUAUUAAAGAAGUACCACAAUCUUGUGCUUUUUUCAGUGAAGUUGAUAUUGAUCAUGUGUUACGGAAAGAAGUUUCUAUGGAUUGUAUUACCCCAUCUAAUCCUACACCGAUCCCCUUUGGUGAAUCAUUAAAUAUUGGUCAAUUAUUAUUGAAAUGUCAACAUGGAGAUAUAUUAGUUGAUAAGAAUAUUAAACCUUUGACAUUAAGAACAAUGAAAUAUAAACCUCGAAAUCCAAUUAUUAAUGAAUUAGAUGGGGAUUUGUCAAUUAUUGAGAAAAUUGCUAAAAUUGAAUUACAAACAUCAAUUGAUAAAGAUGAAUGGAAAAAAAAUUUAUACAAUUUUAUUAAAAUUUCACGUAAUAAUAAACAAAAUGGGAAAAUAAUUAAAUCAAUUGAUAAAUCUCAACGAGUAAUGAAAAAAAAAUCAAUUAUUGAAUUUGAUUUACAACAAGAUAAUAAAAAGAAGAAAGAAAUAAAGUAUAGGAAAGACAUUCCAAAAAUGAAAAUUUCCCCCACCACCACCACCACCAGCAGCAGUACCGUUACCUCCACAAUAUCAACAAAUUCAAGGUCUAUUAAUCCCAAAAAUGAAACCGCAAUAAAAGCUGAUAAAUCUAACACUAGCGCAAACAUAUUAAAUUGGGAAUCUAAUGGAAAAUCAUAUAAUUCUAACAAUGGAAAAAUAAUCUAUCGGAAAACCUCGAGUAAAAUAAAUUCAUUUAACAAAUCUUCUAAUGGAUCAACAACAACAACAGUACCACAAACAACAAUCAAUAACAAUCGUCAACAGAUUUUUUUACAACAACAACGUCAUUUCAAAACCAGUACAAGAUUACAAUCAAUAAUGAAUGAAGAUUAUUCAUUACGAUUACCAUCAUCACCAUCACCACCAUCACCACGACGACGACGAUGGAGAAAUCCUAAUCUUAUAUCAGAGCAGAAAUUAAUGGUUUCUACUGAUUUAUCUAUUAUGAAUAUGAUGAUGAAAAAGAUUGAAUUAAACUCACGACGACGACGACGACAAGAACAAGAACAAGAACAAUAG